GGAAGCGGCGAGGAGCCCGCCCGCCGCGGCCGGGCCGGGCCGGGCGCCGCAGCCGCCAUGCCCCGGGACAACAUGGCCUCCUUGAUCCAGCGGGUGGCGCGGCAGGCGCGCAUCACGUUCCGCAGCCCCGCGGGGCCGGCCUUCGGGGAGAACCUGCACCGCCUGCAGCAGCUGCUGGACGAGGUGCGCGCCGAGGACUUGCACUUGGCGCCGCGGGGGCCGUCGGCCGCCGCGGCGGCGGGCGGGGGGCUGCCGUGGUCCGGCGUGGUGCCGCCCGUCAGCUACAUGCAUAUCUGCGAGACGGAGAGCUUCAGCAUGGGCGUGUUCCUGCUGCGGAGCGGCGCCUGCAUCCCGCUGCACGACCACCCGGGCAUGAACGGCAUGCUGAAGGUGCUGUACGGCACGCUGCGCAUCGCCUGCAUGGACACGCUGCCCCCCGCCGCCGGCGCCGCCGCCCCGCCGCCCGCCGCCGCCGGCGGGCCCUGCUACCGCGCCCUGUACCGCUCCCACCAGCAGUACACGCCGGCCUCCCCGCCCUGCCUGCUCUCGCCGCACACCGACAACCUCCACCAGAUCGACGCCGUGGACGGGCCCGCCGCCUUCCUCGACAUCCUGGCGCCGCCCUACGACCCCCAGCACGGCCGGGACUGCCACUACUAUCGGCUGCUGGAGGGGCCGCCGGCGGGCGCCGAGCCGCCCGCGCUGCCGCGGGAGGUGUGGCUGAUGGAGACCCCGCAGGCCUCCGACUUCUGGUGUGGGGGCGAGCCCUACCCCGGGCCCCGCGUCUGCCUCUGAGGCGGCGGCUCGGGCCCGGCGGCGGCCUUUGAGACGGUUGGCGCUCGCCCCGCCCUCCGCUCGGCAGCCCGGCCGGGUAGCCCCCGGCCCCGCAGCGCCGGGCCCGCCGCACGGACCAGCCCGGCGGAGCGGCCGCGGCGGGCAGCACCGCCGGAGUCACUGCCGGCCUUUGCCGGGCGUCCCCUCCCGUGCCCGGCCGGCAGGACCGCGGUGCUGGCUGGAGCCCCUCGGGAGCGCUUUCCACAGACCUGCCUGGCUUUACGAGUCGGGGGAAAUAAAGCGCCUCGAGCGUUGGUUUUUCGUUUGGCUGAUGUGGAGGAGUUGCACGGUUAAAUUUCUGCCCGGCUGAAUGGUUGAGGGUUAUAAUCCAGCAUGCUGUGUAAAUAGUUAGGGCUCCGGGCCAACGAGGGGGAAUCGGGCUCCCUCUGGGCGAGUAAAUGCAAUAAGAGUUGUCGUGGGGUGCCCCGGCUUCCCCCGUGGGGCUCCCGCCGCCAGAGCGGGCUGGCACCGGUGGGCUGGUCACAUGUGCCCACCCGGCCUGGGCAGGGGGCUGGCCUAGCUGCAGCCUUGGAACACGCCAUCUCCAGAGAGUCUUUGCAAGAGCUGAACCCUGCGAGCAAAACACAAGCCCAGAACGACUCCUGAGCUACUCCAGUAAACACCAGUGAUCCUCGGGACUGGAGUUGAGGGAAUUCCCGCUCUGAAGGGACAGUGUCGGGUUCAGAGUUACUUUUUAACAGUCCUUUAAAGCAUUGCACACAAGAACUCACUACUGCAACUGAGAAUUACAGAGUACGUCUAUGCAUAUGUCCUUCAGCUUUGAGAAGGAGACAAGUUGUCUGCUAAUUGACCUCGCUGGGAAGCUCUCGUGCAGCAGUGGCAGUGCAUAGCAGAGGCUGUGGGCAUCUGAGAGACAAACCAACUCUCCACCGCUGCGUUGUGGAAGCUGUUCUAGAAACACGACGUAUUUGCAAACCCUGUGUAUACAGCAGCACGCAUACCCUACGCACAGAUGAAGUUUGACCCGAUGUCUUCACUUUACACCGCGGUCUGUGUUUUUCUAUGGACAAGUGAACACUUCGGGCUUUUGUUGCCUUGCGGUUCCCCUCUUUAUACUAUUUAUAAAGAUUACUUUUUCAUAAGGCUUUUAUCUAGAUGUAGCGUAGAAGAGACUCAGCGAAUCUCACCUUGCUGUGACGGAAACAGCCCGGAGAUGCAGUUUGUCCACGGCAGGGGAUGCGAUCUUUCUAAUAAACUUUCUGUAGGCGAAAUACUCCGAUUGUACUGCAAGGACUGGCCUUGUGCCCGCUCACUCGAACGCACACUUAGUACCACAAGCCCAGACCAGGGCUCUCCUGGUCAGGAUGUGGGAAUUUGAAUAAUUAAACGCGACUUACCAACCUCCUAAAUGAUGUGCCAGCCUGCUCCAGAAAUCGUUCCACAACUGGCUUUAAUUUCUCUUUGUGUAUUUAUAAAAAGCAGACUUGUUUUUCCUGUACAGUGGCUUGUAUGAAUUAAUUUUUAAAUGAUUCUGAUACAGCAUUGCUUUUUUUGUUGGGGUUGGGGUUUUUUUUGUCCUGCGAAAUAAUGUAAGGUACAGUCAGCAUUAUGCAUGCACGGAUUAAUUCUUUUGCAAGGAAAAAUUGCUGGAAGUUAUUUCAGGCUAUUUCCAAUUUAUUCUUACAGCACUUUAAAGUGUCUGAUAUUUCUGCAGCUGGCUUACCUGUUUUUCCUGGAAUUCCCCUGCAGCUUAGCAUUAGUUAAUGUGCAACAAUUCUCUAUCGAAAGUAGUCAUUAACUAUAAGGCAAUGUCUCCCUGUGUUACAGCCCGUUUCUUACUCUCACCGAUGCUAAUGCAAACCAUCAUCCUUUUUCAGAAGUCCACAAAGAAAACAGUGGUGCAUGCAAACAGCUGUGCUGGAAAAACAAACUGCAAGGGGGAGCAUUUUUUUCUCUCACCUGCUCUGUCCUGCCUUUAGCUCUUUCUGCUUGUUUUUUACUUUUUUUUUUUCCCUCCACAUGUAAAGACAAAUCAAAAAGUUUAGUGGAACAAGACUUCAAUGCAUCUUUCCGUAGAGGACAGCAUGGUCCUUGCACUGCAGAGUGCUCUUAACAACCAUGGCAAAAUCUUUUUCUUUGCAUUGCUUUUUGGUUUGUUUUUUAACAAAGGUGUCAGUGUCAAAGUAGUAAAGCCAGGAAAAAUGGCAAAGAAAGCCCAAGAUGCAUUAAAGCAAAGCCUCUUUGUGUAACUUGCUUACUCGGUAAUCGAAACUUCAUAUGUUCUGGAUAUCUGUAAGCAGAAGGUUUAAGUCUGUAAUGCUGUUCCUUCUCUCUGCAGUGUAGUUAUUGUGUUUUCACAACAGUAAAAUUACUGUUAUUGCUGAAUUAUAGAAUAAAUACAGGAUAUCUCA